CCCGUGCUAUGCUAUCAUGAAUGCUAUCAACAAACAGAGAGAGCUAGCAGCAUUGUGAUGCUCUCUUUGCCUUUAGACGAAGGAGUUGCUUGAAUUUAAUCAAUUAUAAGUGCGGCAAUCUUAAAGUGGAUGUGUUAGCGACCUUCCUUGCUAUCUGGCACUAAGUUAAGUUAAGUUAACUAUUAGUUUGGCUCAUCUCUGCUGUUGUGUUGACGCCUAGCUGCAGAGAAGUAUCUGAAGCUGCCAGCCUGUGUUUAGAGGGACAGUGAUUAUGGCCGACCCUGCACGGAUCAAACCUGAGUCUAAACCCGAAAGAACAGCUUCUGCUAACGAGGAUAAAUCAGAGGAAACUGAAGAUGCACCUGCCACAGCAAAAUCUGCAGAUGAAAACAAAGAGUCAUCCUCGAAAGAUCAGCCCAAACAGGAGGUCAAAUCUGAAAUGGGAGCUGGGGAAGAUGAGGAAGAAGGAACAUCUGGCCAACCUGGCUCCAAAAGACUGAAGGUGGAACCAGAGAAGAAAAAGGAGAAGCGCCAAAAGGUCGAUGAGGAUGAAAUACAGAAGAUGCAAGUUUUGGUGUCGUCCUUUUCUGAAGAGCAGCUGAAUCGCUAUGAGAUGUACAGACGUUCUGCCUUCCCUAAGGCAGCUAUUAAGAGGCUAAUCCAGUCCAUAACAGGAUCAUCAGUGUCCCAGAAUGUGGUGAUCGCCAUGUCUGGUAUUUCCAAGGUUUUUGCUGGAGAAAUUGUUGAGGAAGCAUUGGACGUUUGUGAGAAGUGGGGAGAAACGCCACCGCUUCAGCCCAAGCAUAUGAGGGAAGCAGUGAGGAGGCUGAAGAGCAAAGAUCAGAUUCCCAACACCAAGUUCAAGCAGAUUCUCUUUAACUGAGGCACCUGUGUUUAAGAUUGAGUGGGGCGCACGCCUGCGAUAAAAAGUGGUGCCAUAGCUUGUGGAAAUCUUGUCAUGAAGCCUCUGUAGCCACACCACAGCCACUGAUUUUUCUCUACUAACUAACAGUCAAAAUCAGUGGCUGUAGUAUUGAAGAAUGGUCAAUACGGACAAGACCAAUAUGGUCUCUUACAUGAGGGCAGCUGUCGAAUAAAUCUCACUCUGACCUGCCAAUCACCUCUAAUAGUCAAGGGAAAUGCUCGGUGCAACAUACAGUGCAAAUCGUUUGAAUUGUAUUCAUGUAUUAUGGUUGUAAAUACAGUACGUUUUAUACUGUUUUGGUCUUGUGCCUCAGUAAUUUUAAAGAACUUUGGAGAAAUGCUUUUCGUUUCUGGUAGGAAAAUUGUGUGAUGCCUUCAAGUUCCAAUGGUUUGAGUUACAAAAAUGUGCACUCUUUUUUUUUUUUUCUUUCUUUCUUUGCUGUACAAGCAUACAGUGGGUAUUCAUUUUGACAUUUCAAAAAUGUUUGAGCAGUUGACUGCUAAGUUUGACUCAUCAUUCAGCUCAUCUCAGAAUUUAGUUUUUCUCACAAUACUAAAAUAAAGAACAAUGUUUCAA